CCUACUCCCAACCUCAACAAUAUGCACCACCCAACAACCGACCACCAUUUCAACUGAGGCCUGAAUUUCAAGGAUAUCAACCGAGGCCCGAGUUUCAAGGGUACCAACAAGGGCGUGGGGGAUUUGUCCCGAGACAACCAAUGCCACCUCCACCGGAGCUCGAAAAAGAAUUAAAGGCACCUACCUCGGACCCUCGAAUUGACAACAUGGAGAAGUAUCUUCAAAGCCUCGCUUCAACCGUGUCCACCCUUCAUGAAACGGUUAAGGGCGUACCUUCAAUCCAAGCUUCUCUCAAAUGCCUUGAGACACAAAUGGGAAAACUUGGGACGUCCAUUGGUGAGAUGCAAAGAAACAACAAGAAAGACCGACUCCCGAGUCAACCCGAGCAAGCCCAAGCCGUGACGGUCUUACGAAGUGGUAAGGUGGUGGAUAAUCGAGUUGAGAUGCCUAAUGACGUGAUGGUUGAGGAUGUUGAUGAGAAGGAUGACGAGAAGGAGUUGAACGUUAUGACGGAUUCCGGGAAGAACAAGCAGGUGAUGAUCGAAGAGGAAUCGAAGGAGAAAACCAAACCCGAUAGCCUUGAUACCUUGCACAAAUCGGCUACACCAUAUCGCCCACCGGUACCUUACCCGAGUAGACUCCAAGACACCAAGAGGAACCGCCAAUUCAAGGAUCUACUCGAUAUGCUUUCCAAGGUAAAUGUGAACCUUCCUCUACUUGAUGUGAUAAAGAAUGUGUCGGCUUAUGUUCAAUUCUUUAAAGACCUGGCCUCGAAGAAAAGGAGGUUUGAGGAUAAUGAAAAGGUGAUGAUCUCCGAAGUUGCUUCUACCAUGAUUCCGAGGAAAGAAUGUGACCCCGGGGGUUUUAUGAUCAAGAUAACCCUCGGAAACGGGAAAGAGACGAAUGAAAUGCUUGAUUUGGGAGCCGGGAUCAACCUUAUGCCAUACUCGAUUUUCAAGCAAUUGGAUUUGGGAGAUCUCAAACCCACGAGGAUGUGUUUGCAAUUGGCGGAUUGCACAUUAAGCUACCCAAAGGGAGUUAUUGAGGAUAUUUUGAUUCGGGUAGGUAACUUGAUUGUUUCGGCGGAUUUCGUGGUACUUGACGUGGGAGAGGUCCCAAAUACCGGGAAUGAGCACACCAUCUUGCUUGGCCGCCUGAUUAUGGCCACCACCAACACUCUUAUCAAUGUCAAAGACGGGCGAGUCACCUUAUCGGCUCUCGGUAAAACGGUCACUUUUACAAUGAGCGAGGCAAAGACAACACCGUCGUUCACCGAGAGUUGCUCUUAUGUUGAUGUGAUCGAGGCAGAGGUCCACAAUAUUUUCCAUGCCGAU